AGAUCAAGAAGCUCAUAUAGUUGGCAUGUAAUUAUGCGAGAAUAAGAACUGUUUUGAAAUCCACUUCUGUUGUACUUUGGAAGUAUCCUUUUGCCUGCUUAACAUAAAAAAAUAUUGUACUAUCACAACAAAUUUUUAAUCGCGUCGGAAAUAUACUUAGUCCUAUGUGGAGGAAAUGCAAGGAUAACAGUGAAGUCUAACUUCAUAAAUUGUAAGUAUAACUAAUUCAGUUAGUAAUUGAAAAUAUUUUCCCCAUUUUCGCUGCUCAGCAAGCUUCUCUUUAGGAAACUAUUUCUUCGUAUUUAUACCAUAGUACACCGCAUUUCUAGUGCAUAUUUUUCCAGUAUAUAACAUAAUGUUUAUUAUACGUGGUUUCGUUCAUGAUUAACUUCUCAUGCGUUUCAAUAACAACACGCAGCAUUUGGUAUAUUAUAUACGCACUCUAGACUAUAAUCAUGACUAAUUUCAACACAACUUUAAUUAAUAUUUUAUGAAAUUACAGUUAUAAUAAAGAAUACUAUUGCAACACGAGGCUCAGCCCUGUGCCGAUCGAUAAAUUGACUGUCCUAAUAUUUACUAUUUGCACCAAUACAUUUACUUGUCUAGUGCUUUAGCGCCUUGACGCCGGCUUAAUUAUUUAUGAAGCUUAUAGUUAUACAACAGCGGGCAGGAAUUGUACCGCAAAAAUAAAGUUGUUUAGAAACUAUAUUACAAUUGCCUGGAUUGACACACUGCAGUGUGUAUAACAAGUUUUAUGUCUAUUUAAACUUAUUUUAAAUAAUUUGACAAAUGUUUGAUUAAAUUCAGCAUGCUAACCACUUGAAAAUAUGAGACUUCGAGUCUUCGACUGUUAGAGCGGAGGUUCUCGUUGUCGACAGCGGCGACAAAAUUCCAGACGAAGGAAACUUGGAGACAAAGGAACAGUUUGAUGGAAACGUCGAUCCAGGGUUUAUUUUAACGUGCAGUUCUACACAAAAUGUGCAGUUCUAAACCCAUUUUUGUAGUUCUUAAAACUCAAAUGUGCAGUCACCAAAUUAACAAAAAUAUAAGUUAACCUCAAAACAGUCUUCUCAUGAUUCCCAGUUACAUGUUUUGAAACAGUUUUUGUGGGUAGUUGGGUGAAGCAAAUCUUUGCCAGAACUUACGAGCCUCUAAAUUCAAAAUUUGGGGGAUACCCCCUACCUGUAGCCCCUCACCCAGAAUCGAGUUUGUCUGGCUUCACCCAACCACACCUUUAUUCUGCCACCUAUAUACAAAUUAAGAGUCUAUCAUAAUUUACAGCGGUAACUAUAAAUUUACAACGUUAAAUAAAGAUAAAAAUCCUUUGACCCCCCAAACACGUGAUUCUUCGUAACAUCCUUAAUAUGUGCAGUUCUAAAUUUUUCUUAAAAUAAACCCUGCGUCGAUCAGUCUUUCAGACGUUUUCAGGUAGUUGCCAAUCCUUCAACCACUAUGGAGAAUGGAACCUUACAUUUGAGACUCAAUCUAUAGUUAUCGCAAGUUGUUACUGUUGUGUAAGAAAAAAUUUAAUCGAGCCUGUAGCUACAAAUUAUAUAAACUACAUGUACAUGUCUUUCCGUCAGUGCGCUCUUCGUAUACUGCAUACAUAAUUAUUACUAAUAUGCAAUACUAACAGUUACUAACUGUGAAAGCCUCUGAUAAUUAUGUUUAUACAACUAACUGAUCUAAAUUCUUAACAAUAGACGCAACACACCACAAACAUAUAGCAAAUUAUUGCAAAUCAAGUUAAAUCAAUCCAUGUUAAAAAAUGGGAAUAGACUGAAAUCCCUAGCACUGAUUUAUGACAGCAGUUUAUCAAUUAUCAGACUCGUUCCCAGGCAUAGGCAUAUACGGGCUGAAAAAAUUUAGGGUGGCGGACAAGAAUAUGCGCAAAGUUUAUAAAUUUACCCGACCAAUACAAAACCUAUUUUUCGUUGUAAAUUUACAAUUUUAAUAUUUUGCAUUGAUAUUUUGUUUUCAGACAUUUGUUUAAUUUCUUCCUAAUUAUUUAGACGAUUUUAAUACGCAUCAACCAUCAUUCACCCCGACUUUUAAGUAGUACUAUGUAAUUUUUAUUUGCCUUCUGCCCGAUUUUUAAGUACAAUCUGCCCGACUUUUCAGUACAAACUGCCCAGCCAAAAUAUUUUCCCCUCUCCUGGGCUAUGUUCCCGGGUUGUCUCCAGGAGCUAUGUCUAUUUGCUCGGUUCUGUAAGGCAAAUGUGGAAAGGGUGCCUAUAUGAUAUAUACUAUAUAUAGUAUACAUGCGUACUCUUUACGUAAUUACCAAAUUAAAGGCUAAAUUAAAGUUUUGUUUUUUCUGAAUUGAAAAUAAAAAACUUUCGUUGGUAGGGAUGCAAUAAGCUUCGGAUUAUUACAUGAGUUAUUUUGUAAUUUUCCCGAUCCCCGCCACUAACUUCCCGCAGGGGCGUAGCAAAGGGGGGGCAAGGGGGGCUCUUCCCCCCAUGGACAAAAGGACUGCCCUUGUGAAAAGCUGAAAUCCGGGCAGAAGGGAGGGGGGGGGUACGAUGUGUGAAUAAUGAUUCACAUCUCUUCUGUUUGCCAACAAAAGUUGUAGUCUUCCCUAUCUAGAAUCCUAACUCCAGAAAAAUAUGCCUAUGGUGGUUGAAAGCACAUUUGAACUUUAAUUUGCGCGCAUAUAGCAGCAGUCAAAGUUCAAAGUUCAUUCUUUUUAUUGCAAUAAAAUUUCCACUUCAAAAUCGAGGACAUCGUGCUAUUUUGCUGUUGUAUUUGUAUGUACAGUACAAUGUUUUACAAAAAUACUUUUUCGAUCUAACAACUUUAGGAGACUUAAAAAUGGCUUUUUGUCGUAGUAACUUUUCUUCAAACCUCGUCCCAAAAUGCGUGAAAUAGCGUUCUAAUGAGUCUAAAAAUUCAAAAUUUUUCCGAGCGAGCUUGUCCCAGGACCUCCUAAAUUCCUCGCGCCUUUGGCGCUCCCAUUUCAAAUGCCAUAAAAGAUCCCCCGCAAAGUUUAGAACCUGACUACGCCAACGACUUCCCGUCGAAGAGCCUUCGCUCGAAACGUCGAAUUUCUCCUUGUAUUUUCAGCUGAGUUGCAUCCCCAUACCAACGAAAAUUUUGUUAUCCUUGAUAACGUAAAACGGUUGAUUUGUUGUUUAACAGUAUAUCCUAUCAAACUGUCUAGAUAGGGUCGAUAACAUAGACAUAACAACACGCUUUUGAGUCAAUUUAACAGUUAAUGUUGAGUCAAUUUUUUAUUCACUACAUGCAUAAAUACAAUGUAAAAAGUGGGUCAUGCUAGUUUUAAUUUUAAUGUAAUACUUUAUAUUUUGAAACAAAAUUUCACUGACAACAUGGUUGACUGACUACAACCGGAAUCUAUUCGGAAAUAAUUUAGUAACGAAUUAGAAUACAGGACUCUUUGUAUAUAUACAAUUUCAAAUUUAGUUUGCCUUAUAGGUCAAGAACAUGCUUGAAACAGAUGAUAUACUUCUUUCGGUUAUUCUCUUGCUGCUAAUUCUGAUUCUUCUUUGGAUAUGUGGUGCAGCACUUCUGCGCAGGAUGGGGAUAGGUUGUCUUCACGUAGAACACCACAAGGAGGAUGAGAUACACAAAGAGAUAAUUAAAAUGGAUGAUGAAGCUCCCAUAGACUAUUCCUUUGAAAUUGUACAACCAGAAGUAAAGGAACAAACCAAUGGAAAUCCAUUCAGUGAUAAUAAGUAUAUAAUUUUUAUCAUAAUUAAAUGUCUUUGUUUUAGCCGUUUCCAUACCUGACAUUUUUAUUCAGUUGCCUUAGCUUCGACUAAACAAAGCCGUAAUUUAGUACGUUUGAAUGUUAAGUGCCAGUGUAGCUAAGAAUACAAUAUAAUGGCUUUUGUAUGAAAUGCAUUGGUUUUCUGAAAAUAGAAUAAACGUCGUUUGGAAGUGAGAUCCGUGCGUCUGAUCUAGCCGACAGUGUAAACAAUCCUAUGCAUUAAUCACGGUUAAUAGAUUAAUUAAUCAAAAGAUCUUUAACUGAAUUACAAUAACUGAGCCAGAGGAAACUUUUGACUCUAGACAUGCAAGGUAUACGUAUAGAAUAGGUGUACUGACUUGUGUUUGAAUUAAUACUUGUCUUGUCGCAAAGUAAAUAUUUUUCUGACACGAAUCCACAGGGCCGUGCCGACAAAGGGGUUAGAAAUUGAAGUUCAAAAGAUUGUUAAAACCGUAUUCCUGACUCUCUUUUCGCCAAUAUUUUGUGUUCACCCCCCAAAGACAUAUCGGUCGGCACGUCCCUGCGAAUCCGUCCGCGUCCCUGCGAAUGGGUAGGCAAUUUUAUGCGGCGAUCCUCCCGAAGAUGGCUGUGAGACUCAUUAGCGGAAUAAGAGUAUAACUCAUUAUCUAUGUUAGUCAAUGUUUAUUCAUAAAUCAUAUCUGGUCCUUCACCGUCACGUGUGUAUUGUAUUUUUGUCCUUGAAACUAACCAAUACCAAUAUUUUAGGAAAGUUACCUAUCGGUGACUCGAACAAUAGGAAAUUUCUAUUGGUGGAUUUGGUAAAAAUACAAUACACAUGUGAUGGUGAAGGAUCAGAUUUACGAAAAAACGUUGAAUAACAUAAACUCCGUAAAAACACUCCAAUUCUCCUGGUUAACCUGUUGCUAACCCGAUUGGGUCAACUUAAUAUUCCUGGUUCAAUUUCCUGGUUAAUUUAUCUCACCUGCUACCAUAGUCUGGUUAACGUAACCAGGAAUGGUUAUAUUUUACCAUAGCCGGCUAGAAUAACAAUAUAACCCAUUACCUAUAUAUAGAGAAGGCAAUAAACACGGUUAUAAGAUAUGCAGUGAUGACGUCGACUCAGCUAGGGCGUCAUGGCGGAGAAGAGGACUGGGACUAGGACGCCGUCUUAAAUAAAUAGAUAGCUUAAAAUUUACGGCGUCGAAUAUCUAGGACGGUAAGCGGAAGUAAAUUGGCAAUAUAUUUUGAGGUGUGCAUGCGUAUGUCUCAAUUGCUCGUCCUCCACCAAACGUUGACAACCUCACAACAAGAGUUUUGUCGUCGUGGAAACAAGAGCAUAAGGGGCCAUUCACAAAGGAUGUCCGGCCAAAUGAUGGAUUUUCAGACCCCCCUCCCCCCUUGUCCGGCAUUGCCGAAUUAGUAACCCCCCCUCCCCCCGGACAUCCGCCAUGCCUCGCAAAAACUCAUGCAACCUUGUAUAUAUCAAGAGUAAAAAACGUUUUUUACUUUUAGAACUUUUUUAUAACUGUAAAUGUGAACACAAAAACAUAUAAAUUACUAAUUAAAACAAAAUCUAGUGUUAACCGCAUAGUCAAAAUGCCAAUUUCACAAUGGGAAGGUCUGCUCAAAAUAGAGGGAAAAAGAAAUUUGUUUUUGAAUUUUUUUUAAAUUUCGGACAUCCGGAUUGCUAACCCCCCCUCCCCCCCUAUGUCCGAGUUUGUCCUGAUUUUCCAAAACCCCCCCCCCUCGGCUCGGACAUCCUUUGUGAAUGGCCCCUAACUAACGGUAAUGAAUUCACGUGUCUCUUUAAAAUUCAUGUUCAAAAAGAUGUAAAUAUUUAUAGUUUAAAGUCGUGAAUUUUAAGUGGACGUUUAUUUAUCUAGGACGACCUCCUUGUCGCAAUCCUCCACUCAAACCUGACGUCCUAGAUGACGUCAUAAAACUUACAAUCUAUUAUAUUAUCUACAGUGGUGAGGAACCGUGGACGAUGGAGAAAAGAUUUCUGAAUGUCAUUAUGAACAGUCAUGUGGACAGUGCUGAUGAAAUGUCUUUUAUCUAUGAUGUCCAUAGCGAAACCGAGGUAAUUAUUGUUCAUAAUAUUUCCAGUUGUGAUGUUUGUAACAUGAGUUGGAUGAAACAGGCUGUUGUGACAACAUUUUGAAGUAAAAAACUACCUGCUCUAUCUACUGUAUAUGAUAUCGAGCACUCUAUAGCAUUUCGUCAGAAAAGAAAAAAGAAAAAUUUUACGCUAUAGAGCAAAAAAGAGAAAAAGGACUUGUUAUUGAUGAUCCUUUUCACAUAAGAAAGAAAAUAUGAAGCACAUCUUUUAAUUAAGAAUUUUACCAAAUUUUACUAAAAAAUCUGAUUAGUAAAACUGGCGAAAUUUUAUCAAAAGUAGAAUAUUUUACCAAAUCUGGUCACAUUGGGCGGCAAUUGACGUCCAUAUACUAGUCCUUUCUAUUGCCGUUUAAAUUUGUCUCCGCGGUGUAUGACAGGCUGCAAGGAGUGUGCCAAAAUAGUGUGAUUUGUGACUUCUAUUUCAAAGAUACGGUCUAUAGCGAUUAUAUAGCUGGGGAGAAAUGGUAUUUAAACUAUCUAUGACCUUCAUAGAUUUUGGCCGGAUCGGCGUCAACAGUUCCGCUAAAAUUCUAGAUCUACAUAGCGCUCACUGGGUCAAACAUUCACAAACACUAAACCAUGCUAUUUUACAUGUAGAAUGGUAAUUUCUAUGGUAUGAAUCAUAAUUAUCCCAGUUAUUGCUGGAAAUAAUUUAAUUUCUGUAAUUAUAUUUUCAAGACUGAUCAGCAAAGAAAAACGAAAGCUAUCACCUCGCGUUUUGCGAAGUACUUGGACAACGUACCUGGCAGUGACCCAGUGAUAUUGCUAUCACUACAUUAUAUCAGAGACGAGGAAAAUCUUGUGUUGGCCAUUAUAAAAGUCGCGAAUCUAAAGCCUCUUUUUAAUAAUAAAAUGCCAGGUAAUGUGCAUGCGUUUUGGUUAGGGACUUUGCCUAAGCCCUAUAG